AUGAUAAAUAGAACCAAACCUAUAAUACAGAUCCUGAGGAGAUUUGCAUCUUCAACAUCAUCACCAAUUAAAAGACCACCAAGAGUUGAACCUAACAAGUCGGCCGCUUAUAUCAAGAGAUAUGCAUUCUAUGAUUUAGUAUUAAGAACAGCAUCACACCCUACCCAUCCUAUAGAGGCUAGUUUGAUGUCCGCUGAUGAAUUAACUGAAUUAAAGAAACAUACCAGUACAACAUUUGAAGGUAAUUAUUCAGUUGGUGAUCUUUCACCUCAAGAGAAAAUAGCAAGAAUCUUUGGAGGUAGAAUCAAAGGUGAAGCUCCAAGAUCUUCAAGUCGUUUAUUAAGAGGUGAACCAAGAAUAGUAGGGGGUAUUACUGUACCUGAAAAACCAACUGAACCUGAUAAUUGUUGUAUGAGUGGAUGUAUCAAUUGUGUAUGGGAAUUAUUCAAUGAUGAUAUUAAAGAUUGGAAUGCAAAACGUAAAGAAGCAGCUUUGAACUUAGUGGCUAAAGGUGAAAGAUGGCCUGAAGAUUUCCAUGCUCCAAUUAAAUAUUUAAAGAAGGAAAAUUUACCUUUAUCACUUGCUAAUAAACUGAGAGAAGAGUUAUUUAAAGAGGCUGGUAUUAAGUCUAGUAAGUCUGAUGAAGAUGAAAAUUGGGCUAAUAUUCCUAUGGCUAUCAGAGUAUUUGCUGAAACUGAAAAACGGUUAAAAGCAAAGAAAGGAAUUAAGACUACUGCAUCAUCAUAG